AAUCAACGUAAGGAUGAUCGUCACGUGCUCUGUCGAGCACCUUUGGGUGUUCUUUGUACGUCUUUGGCUUCGUGCGUGCAGCGUAAGGUGGAUUGGGUGUCGUCGCGGUGGUGGGAGGUCACCAAGUACUGUACUUAAGUAGAUUUAGCGCGUAUUUGUAUUCUCCUUGAGAGGUUUAGUUUUCUUGUGACUUUUUUUUUAACUUUUACAUCCGCGCUUUCUACUCCUUACACACGGUCACCACCACAAGUCUCCGCAGAUGAGGACACGUCGUAAGGAAGACAGAAAUAAUGGGAGGCGACUCCUCAGAGCGAUGGAUCGAAUGCUCGCUCUUCUCUUGCUCCUCCACCACCUCCAUCUUAACUCCGCUGACGAGGAGGUGCAGGUGCAGGUGGUCGUCAACAGCACGCCUUGCAGCGUCACGUGUGGCAUGGGCGUCAAGGUGCAAACGGUUUGCAAGAUGAAAGAUGGCCAGAAGGCCCUGGAGGAGAAACGUGGAGCGGUUCCCCAAGGAGAUGAGGAAUUGGAACAGUGCCAUGAUGUGGAAGUGAGGUGUCGGGAGUCGUGGCAGUGUGGACUAAAGACAGUCACCAUGACAACCGGAGAGAGGCUGGAGCUCAACUGUCUGGUGGAGAGUAACAAAAAGCUGGUGAAUAAGCUCUUGUGGAGGGUGUCGUGGCACCGUGCCCCAGGGGUGAUCAGCUCUGACGACUCGCUCUUCGUGCGCUGGGAGAGUCCGCUGGUUGACCUGGUGGUUCUGGACCCAGUCAAGGAGGAACAUGCAGGAACAUACCGUUGUGACGUGCUGGAUGCUCAUUUCAGAAGGUUGAAAACAGUUUACUGGGGGGUCCGAGUACUACCAAGAGGAGUCCUGAAUCUAGACUACGACCACGCUCAGCGUGUGUGGGAGUCAGCUUGGCACUGGAAAAAGCACCUUUUCUCAAGCCAUCAUGACACCAGGAUCCUCUGGCUUUAUAUUAUGCUGACUAUUCUGAGCGUUCUCAACGUGGCAGCGGUGGUUUUCCUGGUGGUGAGGAUGUUGAAGAACAGAGCUUCUUAUAAAAUCCCUGAGGAUACAAAUUAUACUGAAGCCAUGUCACAGCUUUGAAAACCCCCACCCACAAGUGAAAAUCAAUGUCAACAAAAAUCUCAUGAAUUUUAGCAGUCUUUAUUCUGUUUUCUCCCCCUUUGUGGUCCAAAGUUUAAAAAAAAUGUAUUCGGCAUUUAUUACCAUAACGAUGUACCAUUUUUAAUAAUUGGUUUGAAACUUUCUGCAUGAUAAUUAUAGAAAAUGCAUCUUUGGCGAGUUUAAAACCAAGAAUUUGGUAAACACAUUUAAUUUUUUUUUCCUAAUCCAGACCACAGAGGGUGAAACUUGGAUUGUUAGUCUGUAAUUUGUAAAUACAGUCUGCCAAUUUGAUUGAAUGUCUCUGAGCAAGUUUCACCUCAAGCAGAUUUAUGUGGUGCCUUCAAGCUUCUGGCAUAUUUAUUGCUGGGUAUUUGGCCAAUCUUCUUGGCAUAACUGCUAAAAAAAAGAGAUUUGUCAAUAGCCAGACACAAAAUCAGAUCGAAAUAUACAUUAACAUUACUGUUUAUGUUUUAUAGAAAUUCAAAGAAAGAUAAAAUCUUAUGAUGUAUCAUCAACAUAUGAAGUGAAGUCCGGUGAGAUUCCCAAAGGCAGCAAGUUUAAAAGUGAAAUGAACACAACUAAGUGGUGACAGUUUUACCAUAUUCACUGUUUGGACAGUAUUCAAUGAAGGAUUUAUCUAUCUUGAAAUAUUUACAGAGGGGUGGCAUGGUGGUGCAGCUUUGACUGGGGUUCAAAUCCCGGCCCCGCCUUUGUGGAAUUUAAAUGUUCUCCCAGUGCCUGCGUGGGUUAUCUCUGGGCACUCCAGUUUUGUCCCACAUCCCUAAAAAAACAUGCAUUAAUUGGAGCCUCUAAAUUGCUCCGAGGUGUGAUUGUGAGUGCGACUGUUGUCCGUCUCCAUGUGCCCUGCGAUUGGCCGGCAACCAGUUCAUGGUGUACCCUGCCUCCUGCCCAAUGCCAGCUGGGAUUGGCUACGGCACCCCUAAGAACCUCAUGAGGACAAUCGGCUCAGAAAAUGGAUGGAUGAAUAUUUACAAAGACUGUUUUAUUUGUUUGACAGUUGUCUUGUUUUAAAAACAGCAUAACCCCCUUUUGUUUGUCCAUCCAGGAGCCAAUAGAUGGCAGUGGUCGCUCACGAUAAAUCAAGUCUCUCAACCUUACUCUUUUAACUUAUGUGUUAGCCACUAUCAAUUUCUCUUUAAAGUAACUCUCUUUCAACGUGUCCCAUUAGGAGUCGCCACAGCGUGUCAUCUCAGAAAAAGGUACAUAAGUGUCAUAUCAGGGGUUGCAUUAAAGGUCAAAGAUUGCUAAUGGAUAUCAGCUAUACUCAAACACACAUACUUCCAACCCAUCUACACAAACUGUUCUCUACCGUACUGAGUUGAGUUCUGCACCACACUAGUGUCAUGUAUGACCACAAUCUGAAAAGUUAUGUCACAAAAACUCCAACCAUAUUAACGUAAAUGUGAUGACCAUUUUAGUGAUGAGCGGAAGCAACAUUUCAUUCCAAGACUUGAGGUAAAUAAGAUCAUUGCAAUUACCAUGACAUUGAGUGUAAUUCAUUCAUUUCCUGGUGGAAUGCAGAACCAGACUCAUUUCCAUUUGUGAGCUUGACAAGACACAGCCAUGUUUACCCUGCCGCAUGCAAGUGAUGACUUGCAUGAUAGCGAUCUUGGGAUUUCAAACAAGCCAGACCACUGUCACGCAACCUUGACGAAGGAUGUGUUGUGAACUAUCUCAGUACAGUUGAAAAUUUGGAAAAAACAACAUAGGACACAGGAGAGUGUGAAAGAAAACUGAGCCCAAUCCAAACCAAAACACUGACCAUAACAAAGUCAAAUCAAAUUCUAGUUUGCUUCAGUUUAUUUUCAGCUCCCCUCUCAAAAAGACCAAAAUACAGGCAAACCAGUUGAGAAAUACAAAUUGUAGGUCCCAUUAAUGAUGGAGAAAGUAAUUUUAAUUUAGCUUGGUCACAAUUAUUUUACGAGACAAAGCUGGUAGGGGUGUGUAUACUUUAUAGAUCCACUGCAGCAAUGUUCCUGUAUUUGUAUUCUGCCUUGUGUGCCUGCAGUAUUGUGCUGGAUGACGAUAAAUUAUCAAAUUGUAAGCGCAGCCUUACGUACAUGCAGCUGCUUCACUUGAAGACAUUUUGUGCCUUUU